AUGCUGAAAUCAACAAUUGUCGACACUCGAGUGCGUUUGCGACCAUCGAAGAAAUUGCUGGCAUUGCUGGAUGCACAAAAGGAACAUUUUGAGGAAAUGCCAGCUAAUGUGGCCAAAGCUCUCAAGGAUAACGGUUACAGUCUGCCCACCAGUAUAAAAGUAUUAAAGGAAAACGAGCUAGUCUAUAAGCGACCCACAAUUGAUACUAAACUGCUGACGAAACUGACGGCAGAUAUUCCCGAAGUGCCUCUCAAAUCACAGGUAGAAGACGUCGCGAACGGGGAGGAGGCAGAUGACCAGCAGGAGCAGACAGUGAAAGGCAACUUUUUAUACCUAAACGAUAUACACUGGCUGCGGGAUACAUUAGACAAGCUGCGUCAGCAGAAAAAGAUUAAUAUAUUUCUCUAUGAGCUCCUUGAGAACUGUGAGCUCAUCUUGCCGGAGAAUGAGUUUAAGCCCCGAAAUCCUGAGCUGGAGGCACGUUGUCAACGCUUGCGCGAUGAGCAACACAAUCGUGAAUACCACAAGAUGACCAAAAACGUGGAUGCGACCCUCAAAAAUGUACCCGAGGAUACCAUCGCCUAUCAAUUGAAAAGUCUCAAUAAGCAAAUCAUUGCCGUUGCCCAGUUCAUCUUCUCGGUGGCAGCAGGAUUUACAUUUGGUUUCUUUGGUGUCAACUUGAUGGUUGGCCCUCUGCCCUUUGGUUUUCGCAUACUACUUGGCGUCAUUGUGGCGCUGAUCAUAGCAUUGGCCGAGAUGUACUUCCUGGCCAAGAAACUACACGAAUAUGACGAGGUUCUGGAUGCACCCAAACGCAAAAAGCCCGAACCACCAAAUGUGAGCGGCGUGCAGAAUAUUAAGCCACAUGUGGAUUAAAAAGCGAUUGGAAAUGA